AACAGUUUCAGAGAUGCGCAUAGCUUCGCCCAUUGAAACAGCCGGAACCUGGUACUAGAAGAGGAACCUGGCGAACAGUCUGUCGAGUCGAAACAAUGGGUAAAAUGAGGAAAGUGCCCGCAGUGUGCAAGGACAGUCCCCUAGCAAAAUCAGCCUUUUUCCGCCGGAAGGAGUAUGAUAUCAGCUGGCACGCGAUCGCGAAUUCGGUCAAGAAGAAGAAAAUUGUCCGAGAUGGUCCAAGCCGACAGAUAGAGAAGAAGAAGCCAUGCCGAGAUGUGACCAAUGGAAUAGCGAAGCUCAAGGCGCAAGUUCCCAAUUAUAAGCCUCGAGUCUCGAAAGAGGAGAUGGAAGCCAUGGGAUGCGAACCGAUCGGCAUCUUGGCGAAAAACACCCUUGGCAAGAGCCGCGACGGUGAGAAUCGACAACUUUCGUUCUCCUUCGGCACUCUACUCAAUGAGAAAACGCCGAAGCGUGGCACGCCCCUGACCCAGAGAUGCGUGGUGGAAAUGGGUCGGAAUAAAAACAAAGAACUUGAAGAACUGGAGGAAACAGUCUCGAAAAUCCGGAAAGCUGUUCAAAAAGGAACGAUGAGCGUCGAGGAAGCGCUUACCGAUAUCGAGGGGCUGAAGUUCCGCCGCCAAUCAUCGUCGAGUGCGAAAUUUUUCCAGCUAGAGAUGCAACUCAGGAAGCAGAAGGGAGAUUCCUUGGAAGCUUGCGUUGCUUGUGUUCGGGGCAUUUUCGCGGCUCGGGACACCAGAUCGAGGUCCCGCUUGAUGAAGGAGUUGAACAAUAUCCUCAAGCCGAUCGAAGCCGCUGGCGAUCGUCAAGCGGAGGCUGAUAUCUUCACGGAUUCGGAGGACGCGGAGAGCGACCCUGGUCAGACUGGACAUGAAACCUCGGAAAUCUCUGAGCCUUCGCCGAGAUCGACGUAUACACCUGAGAGCGUCGAGAUGACGCCAAACGUGCGAACCGGCAGCGCCGCCAAAACGAGACUCCGCUUCACGCCGCUACUGUCGAGCUGCCAACGGCGCAGCAAUGAGACGUCCACGAUCAAGAAGAAACGCACCUCUUUCAAGCUCACACCGCUCCGUCGCUCAACCCGAGUCGCGGCUGCGCGAUCGUCGCAAGCGACCAGCUACAUGGCCGUCGACAUCUAGAGUGCGGAACUGAUCGAAACUCCAUCGAUUUUACCGAAUCAUUUUCAAGAAUCGACGCUCCAUGGGCCUGUAACACUCUUCCUUUCAUCGCUAGAUGCUCGAUCCCUGCGCGUGGGAUCGAAUCGUUCAUAUACGAGUAUUUAUUUUUUAGACCCUAAGUGAUCCGGAAAUCGGGAAAAUGAUUCCCCGAUUGGAAAAGCAGCUUUUGUUUCGCUGUUACCGUAUUAUCAAUCUGAGUUGUUUGUGGUGAAUUUCCGUUCGAUCGGACUUAAAUGACACGUACAGACGGAAAUAAACGGGUUUCAUAACUUAACACCCUGAGAGUAA